AAUCAAGAUCGUAACCCUAAUUCAUCGCCGGCGAUAUGGGUCGCGUUCGCACGAAGACGGUGAAGAAAUCCUCUCGUCAGGGGAUCGAGAAGUACUACUCUCGCAUGACCCUUGAUUUCCACACCAACAAGAAGAUCCUCGAAGAGGUCGCGAUCAUCCCGUCGAAGAGGCUCCGGAACAAGAUCGCUGGAUUCUCCACCCACCUUAUGAAGCGUAUCCAGAAGGGCCCGGUCCGUGGAAUCUCCCUCAAGCUUCAGGAGGAGGAGCGCGAGCGUCGCAUGGACUUCGUCCCCGACGAAUCCGCCAUUAAAACCGAUCACAUUGAGGUCGACAAGGAGACUCUCGACAUGCUCGCCGCCAUGGGAAUGUCCGACAUGCCUGGGCUCGUCAAGGUCGACCCUGUCGCCGCUCCGGCGCCGGCUUUCGGGUUCGGCCGUGGGAAGAGGUUCUAGAGGAUCAUGUGAUGUGAUCUCACUUAUGGUGGGUUUCGUUCUCUAGGUUUUUAAAUCUGCAAACUUUACUUUUUUCCUCGUUUACGCUGAACUUCAAUGCUUGAUAAUAGUUAUUUUCCGGAUCAAUUGUGGCAUGGAUUAUGUUAGAUAAUACUUUCAGGAGAAAAUCAAAACGAAAAUCGGGGUUUUUUUUAUCUGA